AUGGCCCUUCGCCUUCUCUUCGUCCUCGCCGCGACUCGCUGCGCGGAAGCCUCUCUUCGAGGAAACCUUCAUGCGAGUGCCGGGUCCAUGAGCACCGACCAGCUCCGUGAGACCGUGUUGCAAGAGGUCAUGGCAGCUCUGGGAACCGGCAACCGCGUUACCGACAAGCGCCUCAAGAGCAUCGAGGCGGUUUUGAAGCCAACCUUCGUGGCAAUGCCCAAGAACGAGCACGGCAAGUUGGAAGAUGCAGCUGCCAGGUAUGUGCUGCAUCGGCUCUUCGUUCAGCGCCACGCCAUGCAAAUCAAGGGCUUGCAGGCCGAUGGCAUGGACUGGAAGAACGUGACCACCUCAAAGGUGCUGGAGGAGCAUGUGCCGUCCUUUGUCUUGUCGCUCUUCGAAGAGCGCUUGAAGGACCAAGGGCUCGGACUACACGAGCUCACGGUGCUGGCAGCAACGUUGGAGCAUUUGAUUCACGACGAGGCAGUGCAGCGACUGGAGGUUGUCUAUGCGGCCCAUGGCCUCUCCCAGGACGCUCGGGUGAAGGAGGUCGCGCUGCAAGACCUCAUCGAUACCUACAUGACCCUCUUCCUUGUGGGCUCCCAGAACUUCUCAGCUACCAGCGUCUCGAAAGAGCGCGACCUGAUUGUGGAGAGCUACCCGGGUUGGCAGGAGACGCGCAAGUUCACGAUGCAGGUGCGCUCAAGCAUGGUUGCCGACAAGGGUUCCAGCUCCGAUCCCAACUUUGCGCUCGAGAACUUCUCCUUCCGUGCGGCGACGGAGAUUGUCGAGGAGAUUGGGGAACGCUACGGUCGCUGGCAGGAUUCGGAGUGCCGUGACUUGAAGGCUUCACUUCUCAAGUCCGAGCAUGCUGGAACAGGGCGCGUCCUGCUGAAGGACUUCUAUUCCGCGGCUUUGGGGGGCCAGUGGCAGUUCUCUGAGAGCAUCGAAUACUUGCGAGAGCUCGGUGCGCUGGACGAGUCGGACCGUUCGCACCUCGCCGUCUUUAUCCCGAACUACGUCAACUCACAGUCGAACUGCGUGGCGUCAUCCAGUAUCUAUUCUGUCUGUUGCAUCAACGAGUGCGAGGCCCUGAUGGGCCACCUCGAGGCCAAGGUGGCUGCUCCUCAAGCGGAGCCCAAAGAAAUCCUUGAGAUUGUUGCCUCGCUGCCCUCCGCCACUGUGCGGACGCCUCGGGAGCUGCCGGAGACGCUGACAGCGCGCCUGCACGAGGUGGCCGCGCAGCACGGGGGCUCGGUGCCGCUUCAUGGGCGCCUCUUUGCACAAUGGCUGCACCAUGCCUACCCGCGUGAGUGUCCGUAUCCUCACACGGCGGGUAAGACGAGUCCCAUGACGGCCGACGAGUGGAUGCAGGCAAGGGGCCAGCCCGUAUCUGCGACGACGGAGGACAUGAAACGCUACGUGGAUGCAGUGCCCUCUGCGCCCGCACCGGUGGGGCUCCCGUGGUCCGGCGAGGAGCAGCUCGUGACAUCGACGAAGCCGAAAGGAUCCUCAGGCACCUGGGGAGGGCUUCUUCGCAAGGUCUUUUUCGUGAUCUUCGGUCUGACUGCCGCCUUCUCCUUCGGGACCCAUGUCUGGCAAGCUGGACGAAAGGCAAGAUCACCGCUCCUCCCCUGCGUGCACAAGCAGCACGCUUGCUGA